UAAUAUCUCCAUAUCUUCUUUGAUCAGUUAUCUAGCCUUGAAAGAAGGUGUAACAUAAGAAAAUAUGGCUUUCUUUUCAUGGAUGUUAUUGGCUUGCUUUGGUACUGUUAUUGUUGCCAGUUGGGAUGAGAAACCGGGAGGUUGUUACGACAAAAGUCCAGUGUGUAAAAGAAACAUACGUGACUGCAAACUCGUUCAUUCUCGUUGGGUAAUGCAGCAAGUAUGCCGAAAAACCUGUGGAUAUUGUACCGACAAAAAACCUUCAACAAAGGCUCCUACUCCUUGUUGUACUACAACUAUAAUUACUCAUCCCACGACAACAACUACAACAAUUAAGCCGACAACAACUUCAAGUACGACAACUAGGACAACGACUACACCAACAACAACAUCGACCACGACAACUAAACCGACAACCUCUACCAUGACGACAACGACUACACCAACAACAACAUCGAUCACGACAACUAAACCGACAACCUCUACCACGACGACAACAACAACUACUACACCAACAACAAGAUCAACAACGACAACUAAACCGACAACAACGACAGAAACAACAGCGUCGACCACGGCAAGCUCUACAACAGCAUCGACCACGGCAAGCUCUACAACGACGACAGCGGCUACCACAGCAACAACAACAUCCACCACUACAUUAUCGACGACAAACAAAUUAUCGACAACAACAAAAAAGAAAGCACCAACUACUCGAGCAACACCUAGAACAUAUCCCACUUGGACUACAAGAAAGCCAUGCAAAGACAGACUGGGGAACUGUGAGGACUUACCUAAGUCCUAUUGUGAGAUUGGUGCAUUGUGGAGACGCUACAUGGAAUUAUCAUGCCGAAAAUAUUGUAAAUUUUGUUAAAUUUAAAAUAAUUUUUCUUUCAUAA